UCUUGCCGCGCUGCCUGCUGGGAGUAGGAGGAGUCAGAGCCUGUUGCCGGCGCCAUCUUGUUCUUCCCGAGAGAGAGACAGAGAGAGGCGGCAGCGCUGAGCCCCGGUUGGUACAAUGGGAAGAAAGAAGAAGAAGCAGCUCAAGCCGUGGUGUUGGUACUGCAACAGAGACUUUGAUGAUGAGAAAAUUCUCAUUCAGCACCAAAAGGCAAAACAUUUUAAAUGUCACAUCUGUCACAAGAAGCUUUACACGGGCCCAGGCUUAGCCAUCCAUUGUAUGCAGGUGCACAAGGAGACCAUCGAUGCUGUGCCCAACGCCAUCCCUGGAAGGACUGACAUUGAGCUGGAAAUAUACGGCAUGGAGGGGAUUCCUGAGAAGGACAUGGAGGAAAGGAGGCGAAUACUGGAACAAAAGACGCAGGUGGAUAGCCAGAAGAAGAAAACCAACCAGGAUGAUUCUGAUUAUGACGACGAUGACGACACCGCACCCUCCACUUCAUUUCAACAGAUGCAGGCACAGCAGGGAUUCAUGCCCACAAUGGGACAGCCCGGCAUACCUGGCCUACCUGGCGCCCCCGGAAUGCCCCCAGAUCACUUUUUUCCUGGAAGUCAUAAGAAAUGCCAUGUUUCCUUUGUAGGCAUUCCACCUCUAAUGCCAGCCGUGCCCCCCCUCAUCCCUGGGAUUCCGCCUGUCAUGGCAGGGAUGCACCCACAUGGGAUGAUGCCAAUGGGUGGGAUGAUGCACCCACAUGGGCCUGGUAUGCACCCUAUGAUGGCCGGAUUGCCUCCAGGUGUGCCGCCCCCAGUUGGGCCUCGGCCAGGCAUCCCUCCUGUGACACAAGCGCAGCCUGCAUCGUCUCCAGCUGUUGUCAGUAGAUUACCUGCCCCUAACACUUCUGCCCCUGCCCUGCAGACUGUCCCCAAACCCCUCUUCCCCAGCGCAGGACAGAUGGCAUCUCCCGUCACAAACUCCACUACAGCGGCCUCCAAUUCAGAAAGCCUGUCUGCACCUUCUAAAGCUCUGUUUCCUAGCACAGCGCAAGCUCAGGCAACUGUUGCUGGACCUGUGGGAACGGAUUUCAAACCCUUGAACACUAUCCCUGCUACCAGUGCGGAACCUCCUAAACCAACAUUCCCUGCUUACACCCAGUCUACUCUGGCAACCACUAGCACAACCAAUAGCACUGCUUCUAAAGUGUCCACUUCCAUAACAAGUAAGCCUGCUACCCUGACAACGACUAGUGCCACUAGUAAGUUGGUGCACCCAGAUGAGGAUAUAUCGCUGGAGGAGAAGCGUGCUCAGCUUCCAAAAUAUCAACGUAACCUACCCAGGCCUGGCCAGGGUCCCAUGGGUAAUCUGGGUGCUACAGCUGUUGGGCCUUUGGGAGCCAUGAUGGCUCCUCAGCCUGGGCUACUUACCCAGCAGCCUGGAAUGAGGCAUCCAUUGCCACCCCAUGGUCAGUAUGGUGCGCCACAUCAAGGAAUGGCCGGCUAUCAUCCUGGUGCAAUGCCUCCCUAUGGACAAGGACCCCCCAUGGUACCACCCUAUCAAGGUGGGCCCCCUAGGCCUCUCAUGGGGAUAAGACCUCCUGUAAUGUCUCAAGGUGGCCGCUACUGAUGUUUCUGCACUAGUAAAUAGGUUUGGAGAUUAAACCUUUUCUCAUCUUGUGCUGUGUAUAUAGCCAAGCUUCCGUCACUUAGAGCUUCACUGUGACUAAAACGUGUCCCCUACAUACCCGGAACUUUUGGACAUUUUGUUUUACUUGUGGGUGGGUUAUUUUUAUUUGUGGGCAGGAGUUUGUGGGAAAUAAACCAGGAAUAUUCCUGAGAUUGCAAUUUAUACUGUAUGGCUUCUUUUUCAUAUUUCAUCUAGGUUUUUAGAAGUGGCGUAUAGUAAAUAUGGUUCGUUUAAAUGUGAAGGCGCCAAAUACCACCUUAAAGGCAAGUUCUGUAAUGUUAUUUUGCUCUCUGUAUAGUGAUGCCUUCACAGCACCCUAGGGUGCUGUUGGACUUUGGUCCCCAACAGUGGUUGGUGAGGGCUGUAUCUGUUGCACCUAUUUAGGUCUCUGACACCCCAGCCGCUAGGGUUCCUACAAUUUGUGUGUCAUGUUAAGAACUUCAUUGUGUAAUAAAACAAGCGAAACCUU